ACUUGUUACUCAAGUAAUCUUUAAUGGUACUUAUUGAACUAAUUUUUCACUCCUAGGUAUAUGUAAAUAUUGAGAUCAAAACUGAGCCUGCAUCUUCUUCUUCUGCAAAUACGUGUCUAAAUUUGUGGUUUGUUAUGGCACUUAGGUGAAGAUUGGGACUGGUAAGAGAAUGAUUCGUGGUAUACCUCAUCUGCUUUUGCCAUCAAAUUUAUGCACCACGUCACUUGGUACUGGUCUGUGCCGAACAAUUUACAGUUUUUCAACAUAUGAUUCUUUUAAAUUUUCACGUUCCCUCAAGGCAAGAUAUUUACAACCUUCAAGAAUACAAGUUGCCAGGGUACUCAACAAUGAUCAGAAUAAUGCACAGUCAGUCAGAUAUAUUUCAACAACUCCUGUUCACUGGAUGUUCUGGGAAAGAGAUAGAAAAGGUGGUUAUGGUAGCAAGGAAAAGCACAGCAAAAAGGAAAUGAUCCGUGCUGGUUUAAAGGAGCUAAGAGGUGAGCUGGCCAAAUGGCAAGAAGAAGUUAAAGAGAAAUUUGAGUAUGAUCCUUUACUUAUUAGACCAGGUGAUAUGGACAAGAUGUGGGUUCUCAAAGAAAAUAAAGAUUUGGAGGAAUGGGUGAUAACAUGUGACCAGGACCACAAUGAAGGUUUUAGUUCAGGAACAGUUACCUUGUCUCCAACUGGUCAUGGGCUAUUCUCUGGUGAACUGUCUACACAGGUUCCUAAAGAUGGUGUGAUUAAAAAAGCAGGGUAUGUCAACAUGAGGUCCCUUCGUCCAAGGAAAUCCUUCAAACGUGAAACAUAUUUAGACUGGUCUGAAUACAAUACAUUGGAGUUACGUGUUCGUGGAGAUGGACGUUCGUAUCUUAUAAAUAUUUCGACUGCCGGAUACUUUGAUAUAACCUGGAAUGAUAUUUAUUCAUAUGCUUUGUACACAAGAGGAGGUCCUCAUUGGCAGCUAACCAGGAUUCCCUUUUCCAAGUUCUUUCUGAGUAGUAAAGGUCGCAUCCAAGAUAAGCAAUGUGCUAUUCCUCUCGACAGAAUAGUUUCUUUUGGAAUUUCGGCAGUUGACAAGAUUAAUGCCCCAUUCAGAUUAGAAAUUGAUUAUGUAGGCGUUUAUUGUGAUCCUGAUCACACCGAAGAAUUUGCUUAUGAAAUGUAUAAAUUGCCUAAAUUUUAUAUAUAUUAGCAUGAAUUUAGAUUAAGAUUUGUAAAGGAGGUAUUUUAAAUAUGUAAAUUUGAAUGUAAUAAAGCAAUUUUUCUUUUUUUUUAA